AUGUCAUCAAAGAUACCUUGCACGCUGGUGUGGUUACGCCGAGAUUUAAGACUCAUUGAUAAUCCUGCAUUAUUUCAUGCUGCAAAACGUGGUCAACUUAUUACUGUUUACAUUUUCGAUGAAGAUUGCUCUGGCAGGAGGAAAACAGGCCAAGCUUGUUUAUGGUGGCUGUAUCAUAGCUUGAAAUCAUUGCAUAAUCAACUAAGCCAAUGGAACAUUCCUCUUAUUAUGAAAAGCGGUAAUGAUGCAUUUACUAUUUUAAAGGAAUUGCUCGAUAGUUAUAACGCCGAUACAAUUUAUUGGAAUCGUUGUUAUGAACCAUUUGAAUAUAAUCGAGAUUGCUCCAUAGAAGAAAAAUUAAAAAUGGAAAACGUUACCGUUGAAACCUAUCAAGAUAGAGUAUUAUUCGAACCAUGGACAAUCAAGACAGCCAAAGGAGGACCUGUACAGAUAUAUAUUCACUUCUGGAAUCAGUGCUUGUCACUGCCACAACCUCGCAAACCUUACGACAAACCUAAAUUUAAGAAUCAAACUGGGUGCCAAAGUAAAUGCGAUGAGCCAGCAGUGUGGCAACGAUUGGCCAAAUUAUCACAGGAUAUGCCAAUGAAAUUACAAGAUUUCUGGCAUCCAGGCGAGGAGCAAGCAAUUUCAAAACUAAAAUCCUUUAUUAAAAAUUCAUUAAAUGCUUAUGCAGAAAAGAGUCAAUGCCUGCGGUUAAAUACAACAUCCAAUUUAUCACCUUACUUACAUUUCGGUGAGAUUAGCCCUUUCACUGUCUGGCAUAGUGUUCGUCACGCAUCCUCCUCUGCAGAGCCACCUGCAGUCAAAUCAGAAAGCUUAAAACAAUAUCUUCGUUCGCUAGGAUGGAGAGAAUACACAUGCCACUUACUAUUUCAUUACCCUGAUUUACCUCAGAAAUGUUUUCGAUCCAGUUUUGAGCAAUUAAAACUACAAGUCGAUCCAGUCAAAUUGCAAUCAUGGCAGCAAGGUAACACCGGUUAUCCAGUUGUUGAUGCUGGCAUGCGCCAACUCUCAGUGGCAGGUAUCAUGCCGAAUCGUCUUCGAAUGAUUGUGGCGUCAUUUUUAAUUAAGCACUUAUUAGUCCCAUGGCAAAAAGGAGAAGAAUGGUUCUGGAGCAAAUUAAUUGAUGCU